AUGGGGGUUAAGAUUUUUGAUUUCGGGUUAUUCAAACUGAGUCCCAAGGAUGUGGGUCAUAGCCACGUUAGUAUAUUGGUGAAGGAUAGUUUCGGAAAAGGGACCCUUGAUCGGAUUGUUGAUCCUAAUCUAAAGGGUGAGAUUGCGCCAGAGUGUUUGAGGAUGUUUGGCGAAGUAGGUGAUAGUUGCUUUCGUGAUAAUGGGAUCGAUCGUCCAGGAAUGAAUGAUGUUGUGUGGGGCCUUGAGUUUGCUCUGCAACUUCAAGAGGCUGCUGAGAAGAUAGCUCACGGAGAUGGUGGGUUGCUCCCGGCGGCGUUGGCCAGUCCCUCUGUUCCUCUUCCACAUGGAGAGGCAACGACCACCGAUGAUGAUGAAGUAUUUACAAGGUCAGUUGAAAACGUGUCAAGAUCAACGGUCAGCAAUGAGGGAUUGUAG